CCGUCACAUGCUGCCAUACGGAGGGGUGUCACAUGACUAGGUUGGGCAGCUGUGGUGCAGCCAUAGGUUGCAGCUGGGAGCUGCGAGCUGUCAAUAUCCAAAUUUUCAAACAAUAACUUUUGUAAACGUGCUUUCCCUGGCUGGGAUGGAACUGUCCUGUGUUGGCGUGAACACCCGGUGGCGGGUGGAAUGAAUGGAAACGCCUUUCCCACCGUGCAUCGCGUCUAUCAGGGCUUCAUCCACAGCCGAUUCCUCCCAUGGCAUCUAGUUAUCCACCCCCCUUUGAAGGCACAGGGGAAGUGAAGGAGGGAUUCAUUUGCCCACUGUGCCAUAAGGAUCUGCAGUCCUUUUACCAACUCCAGGACCACUAUGAGGAGGAGCACUCUGGAGACGACCGUCAUGUUAGGGGGCAACUCAAGAGUUUGGUUCAAAAGGCUAAGAAAGCCAAAGACAAACUGCUGAAGAGGGAUGGAGACGACCGAGCUGACACUGGAAGCUAUGAGUCAUUCUACUACGGCGGAGUGGAUCCAUACAUGUGGGAGCCCCAGGAGCUGGGUGCAACCAGAAAUCAUCAGGACUAUUUCAAAAAACACAGAGCAGCCAGGAUAGACCACUAUGUGAUCGAAGUCAACAAGCUCCUCAUCAGACUAGAAAAGCUCACAUCUUUCGAUAGGACCAACUCGGAUGUAGCUAAAAUCAGAGCCAUAGAGAAGUCGGUGGUGCCAUGGGUGAGCGACUCGGACGUGCCCUUCUGUCCCGACUGUGGGAACAAGUUCAACAUCAGGAACCGGCGGCACCACUGCCGUCUGUGUGGCUCCAUCAUGUGUAGGAAAUGCAUGGACUUUGUUCCUCUGCCUCUGGCCUAUAAGUUGACCAGUGGCACACGGGAGUCCCUUUGCAUCCCUGGCAGCCCGGGUCAGUCCCAGGCCCCACCCUCAGGGGCCGGGGCCAGUGGGAUGGGCUCCAGAAGGGGCAGCCUGAGCAGCCUGAGCAGCGUCACCUCCAUGCUGGAGGAGAAGGACGACGAGAAGAUCCGCUGCUGCCACCACUGCAUGGACACGCUGCUGAAGAGACAGCAGAAGCUGGAGGAGAGGGACCACAUGCCUGACAUAGUCAAACUAUAUGAGAGGCUAAGAAUGUGUAUGGACAAGGUUGAUGAAAAGGCACCAGAGUACAUCAAAGUGGCCGAAUCUCUUAAUGCCGGGGAAACCACAUACAACCUGGACUCUGCUGGUGGGCUUAGACUUGAAGUACAGAAGUACUACGAGUUAAUCGAUGCAUUGAGUAAGAGGAUUUUAACCCUGGGAAUGAAAGAUGAUCCGGCCCCCACGCCAAAGUCCCUCCAUCUGCAGAAAAUGAUCCGUUACACCGCAACGCUCUUCGUCCAGGAGAAGCUGUUGGGUCUGAUGUCUCUUCCAACCAAAGACAAGUAUGAGGCACUGAAGGAGAAGAGGAAGCAGGAACAAGAGAAGAAACUCCAGCAGGAGAGAUUGGCUGCUCAGGAGUCCAUGAGGAAGAGGCAGGAGUCUGAGAAGAACCGUUCCGUCGCCACCACCAAUGGAGAAGUCCCCCCGGCUCCCAAACCUCCUCGCAUGACCAAGGCAGGAGGUUGGCUGCCCUCGGCCGAUUCCAAGAAAACCCACAGUGAGCUCAAGGACCCCCUGCUGCAGCAGAUAGACAACAUCCAGUCGUUUCUGCGGCAAGCGAGGGAGGCCCAGCGGACGGACGAGGUGGCCAUGCUGGAAGAGAACCUGCGGCAGCUGCAGGACGAAUACGACCAGCAGCAGACCAGCUUGGCCAUCGCUCUCUCCCAGAAGCUGGCCCAGGAGGAGAACCUGCAACAGGGGGAGAUUCAAAGGCUCGAGGCCCGGGAAAGGAGCGAGUGGGAGCAAAGAGCUCCGGCGGCGGACUCCCGGCAGCCCUCUUCCAUCUGGGAAUGCUCUUUGGACCUCGGCGAGCCGGUGGCUGGGUAUGUGGAGGAGGACAAGAUUGGAGAAGUAACCCCUAAAUUUGAAAGGAGCCCUCUGUCAUUAAGAGCGUUCCCUGCUCUCGCGGGCCAAGAAGAGUCCCCUCCUAGGUUGAGGAGCUUAGGAGGACAUGUCACUCCUCCCAGCAGCGAAGGGCCAAACAGCUCCUCUCUAAACCCCUUCGAAGAGGACUCCACGCCUACUGAAGAGGACCCGUCCAACCCCUUCUUCGAGGACAUACAGGAGGAACACAAAGAGGUGAGCAACGGGAAGAAGGAAUACAACCCCUUUGAUGACGAAGAGGACAACGGUGGACAGGAAGAACCCGCUGCAACAUCUCUUGGAAACCCUUUCGAGGAGGAGAGUAGUGAGACGAGCAACCCUUUCACGGAGGCCUCUGGGGACUCCCCAGGGGUUUCGACCAACCCCUUCGAGGGGGACGAAGACGCAGGAGCUCUGGCGGACAUUGACAUGAUAGAGGAGGAACUGCUUCUGCAGCAGAUUGACAACAUUAGGGCCUACAUCUUUGACGCUAAGAUAAACGGCCGUCUGGACGAGGUGGAGCUGCUCUCAGCCAACCUGAGAGAACUACAGCACACCCUGCAGGAGCAGAAGAAAACCCACUGAACCUGUUCCAUCAGAUCCUGUGAUCAGCCUCAGAUAAGGGUGCCCAUUGCCCAUCAACGUAAUAAACAUCUUAUAACCCCGGUGAGAGCUGCUUCCGUCGGCUGAACUCUAAAACUAAGCACUAUGUCUCUGUUGUACCAAGUGAAUCCUUUUGCAAGCACUAAAAGACUGAGUAGAUGUUUUGUUGACUGUUAACCAUUGCCUCAACUAAAGCCGUAUGUUCUAUCCACUAAUAAGAAUCAAGAAAAGGGAUGCAGUUGACUGAGCUCAUAUGAGGCCAUGAACCUAGUGAAGUUCCCAAUUGUAUGUUAUUGCCAACUAAAACAAACUAGUGCAUUAAAAGAUGUUAUUAAAUACCGGAUUAAAAAAAGACAGAAAUGUAUUGCUCAUUUCUGUAAAAAAAACUUAACAUCCAUUGUUUAAGUAAUUUAUGAAACAUAAUAAUCUGAAUUAUAGUGAAUAAAUCAUUCAUUUAGGUAUUUAGUUAAUGAGAAUCAGAAGGUUUCUCUUCAAAUUGAUAACCUAGGGCUAGCCUGUAGUGCCGGACUUGAUGACUAUUCUACACGACAUUUUUCAUGCAAAAUAUUUUUAAGCACACACUAACUACUUAAUGAUCUAUUUACGUUAUUUCAUUUUGCGUAAUUAAAGCACAAGGCAUAAUGCACAGAGAAUCAAUGUGCUUUUCUGCAAGAAACGCCAUCAAUAUCAUUUCUGUAUAUUAACUUGUUAUAGUAAACAUUGUUAAUGUAACACGCAUUCUUUCAAAGAUCUGAUGCAUGUUUUGUUGAUUGUUGGAUGUAUAUGCAUCUCUGCAAGGCCUCAGAUAUUUGUUUGUUUGGUUGUAGAUAUUGAUCACAAAAUUGUGCAGCAUCAUUGCUGCAAAGGUAUACUGAGGUGUGUUUCAUGAUGUACACCUUCUGUGGUACUUUAACAAUGUAUAGAAUAACUUCAAAGGUCCAAAGUGAUGCAGUUUUCGAAUUGUAUGCCGAAAUUUAAAGCAUGGCACCUAUCUCAAUUUCCAAUAAUUACAUUUUCCUUUUGUAGUUACAUAGAGGAUUGGCUUAUCAGCGGGAACAUGAAAACAAAUUGUUUUGAAUCCAACUUUAUUCAGCUAAUUCAUUAUUUACCUUACGGUAACCCCAACUCGACGAAGCCAGUAAGUAUUAUCCUAAUGCUGCUUAUUCUACUACAUAAAAUUGACCACUGUCCAAAGGUUUGACUACAGACUGAGUUUGCCGUUAUGCUCAAUCCACUGUGUUGUGAAUAAUCCCAGUAAAACAUUCAAAUCAAAAUAUUGACAAUAAAUGUUUAUGAACGUUUC